UGAAAGACACUUCAUCUAGUAGCGACUCCAUCUAAAAGAUCGGUUACCUUGAUAUUUUAGGUUUAUAGUUAGAGUGCCUCAUCGUCAUAAAUGAUGUACGCUGAAGUGACGUCAGCGUGAACUCGACUCCUCGAACACAAGCGGGUUUGUACGACGCUCGCCGAGCAUGUUUACAGCGGGGUUUGCGCUCGAGUAAACGCACAUUAUGCUCCUCCGACAACCGCUUCUCUUCACGGGCAGGACGGAGGAUGAAACGGCGGACUCGGGCGCGGACACUGCGGGAUCUGACUGCGGUAAAAUGUCCUGCAGUAGCAGCAGCACUGAGCUCGUGUCCGGCCCGGGUCAGGAGGAGCGCCUCCUGGUCACCCUGCACCUGCUCACCAACCCUGGGGACUCGCUCCUGCUCCAGCUCACCCUAGACCGCCUGCUCCGCUGGGUCCGGCCCGGUCUGCGCCUCUUCCGGGUGUCCGAGCGCGCCUGUCCCCUUCAGGACGACGCCAGGACUGACCUGUGCCCCGCGGACGGCUUCCCCUCACUCGCGGUGACCAUGUUCCUGCACGAGUCUUUCGGGGAGGAGCGUAUCCUCAGGGUGCUGGACUUUCUGCAGCGCCCGCCCUGGCAGAUCCACCACGCGGAGAGCUUUAGCGCUAACUCCCCGGCCAGCGCCCCACUGAGGCCCUACCUCCUGCCCAGCCGGGACUUCUCCAGCCUGGGCGCGGGGAUGCCGGUGUGGGGGGUGCGGACGGUGCACUACGGGGAGGAGGUGGUGCGAGUGACCCUUCACAGCACCUAUGAUAACUUUGAGGACAGCGUGCGUUUGUACGAGACCGUUCUGCGGAGGAGGGCGGAGGAGCAGAAGCCCGGGUUCGUCUGGUUCACCCUGCUCUCAGAGCAAGGCUUCCGGCUGCAGUUGGCCAUCAAGCAGCUCUCGCCGGGGGUGCGGGUGCAGCCGUGCUGCUCCGCCGUGCUGCAGUUCAGCGUGGGAGAGAUCGGACAGCUCGUGCCCCUGCUGCCCAACACCUGCUCGCCCAUCAGCUCCACCCGAUGGCACACUGAAGACCUGGACGGCAACAAGAUCCUCUUUCAGGUUAGCGCCCCAGCUCAAGCCCAGGCGCUCCACACGUCUGCGUUUCCCCUGAGCUGUCCCAGGAUGCAUCUGAGGAACGGGGCAGCUGCCACCUCCCCCUGCAGGAGGCCGUCCCGUGUGAGGGAGCAGCCUGUGGGACGGUCUCCUCGAGGGUUGAGGUCAGUGGCGGGAUCAGACGGCACCUGCAGCACUCCUCCGGGAAGCUCCUGUUACUCGUCCCAGCGCAGCAGCCCGGCGGGCCAGUCCGUGAACUGGUGUGAGCCGGCGGGACCCUCAGACACCUCUACAUCAUGCCUUCUGCUGGAAGAGGAGGAGCCUGAGACCAAUGUGGACACGGGUUGUGCUGUAGGGGUGUCUGCGCUGGUGACCCUGUCCCGGGACCUGAAGCAUGUGCUGUCUGAGCCGCAGUGGACCUCUGACACGGCGAAGCGCGAGUCUCUGCUCCAGAGUCGCCAUCCACACGCACAAGCAGAAGAGUUCUUUAUUUGACCAUUCCCAUUGGAAAAGCAGCACAUAUUUACAUGAAUGCAUUUGCCAGGUGCUUUUAUCCAAAGCGACUUAAGGCCCCGAUGUAAAUUCUUUUUUGUUGUUUACUCAAGGGUAAAAAACAGUUAGUGAACAUCCCGAAACCGCCCACGCUGCUGAGAGCAGCGUCAGAUGAAUAUGCAAAUAUGUGCUGCACGCUUUCCUCUCAAUAGCAAAAUAAACACAACAAAAAUGACAGCGGUGAGAAAACAGUGGUCGAGGAAGCAUCUGAUCAUAGCGAUCUGGAUAUGCACUCCAGUUAACUCACGUCACCUUUAUUAAUAGCACUUUAUACAACAGAUUGCUUAGAAGCAAGCAGCUAUACAGUAUUAAACAUGGAAAAACUGUCAGUGUGUCUUUAAAUAAGAAUUACAACUUAAUUUUCUAUA